AAACACUUUAAAUGUUUUAACUAAAAUUUAUUAUCUUCGUUUCAAGAAGCUAAAAUGUUUUAUUUAAUUCUUAAUAUUUUAUAAACCAACUCUGUAAAGAGUGCCAACAACAAUGAAACUUGAUUUCAGGGCAUUCAAACAUGUAACAGUUUACAUUUUUGAUUAAUCCCAACACUAAGAACCAAUCAAUAUCAAGGACUACAAAACAAGCUGUGAGCUAUAUGUGGAGAAAUUCAACUACUUCACUUCUAUCUGAAGUUUAUGCUGAUGAUAUCAUUCAAAAGAACAAUAAAAGCUCCAAGACCAAACCCUUCAACUCAGAGAAUAAAACUUCAUCACCGUUUUCAUUUUCUGAUUAUCCUAAAUUAACUGGAUUACAUAAUCAAUUAAAAUUGAAUCCAGGUUUAUCUAUAAUACCAAAUUCAAAUCGUUUAACAAGUCUUAUACAUUUUUAUACAUCAAAUCCUGUAUCCUAUUCAUCUAUGAUAGAUGAAAUGACUGGAUUUUUAUCUUAUUAUCAAUAUCAUAUUAUUGGUGGUAUGUUUGAAUCAUGUGAAAUUAAUCCAAAAUUAUUAAAUAUGAGACGUCCAUGUCGUUUUAAUUUAGAUUCAAGUGGUCCAUGUAAUUUAAAAAAUGGUUAUGGUUAUUAUGAAGGUAAACCAUGUUUUAUUAUUAAAUUAAAUCGAAUUUAUGGUUGGUUACCAAUACCAUUAAAUAAUUAUACUAAUAUUUUACUUAAAUGUGAAGGUUUAACUAAACUUGAUUCAGAUUAUUUAGGUAAAAUAUGUUAUUAUGAUAGUGAUUCAUUAAAACAAUAUCAUUCAUUAAAUAAUGAUAUAGAUUGGUGUUAUAAAAAUUAUGGUAUUUAUGAUUCAAUGUUUUAUCCUUAUUUAAAUCAAGCUGGUUAUCAAUCACCAUUAGUAUUUGUACAUUUUCUUAAUCCUAAACGUCAUGUUAUUAUAUGGAUAAAGUGUUAUGCAUUAGCUAAAAAUAUUCAUGUUAAUAUUCAUUCAAAUGAAGGUUCUAUUGUAUUUCAAAUACUUGUUGAUUAAUUUCUAAUACAAAAUACAAUUUCAUUCAUUCAUUCAUUCAUUUAUGUUUGUUUCUUUGUUUAAAUGUAAUUCGAUAUUCAUUGUCAUAUUGAAAAAAAGUAGACAAACAAAUAAACAACAAACGAUUAAAUUUUGUAAAACCAGCUAAUUAUUAUUUAAAAAAACUCAAACAUUCUUAUGAAAACAAGAUUGGUUCCAAUAGAGAAUGAAACCUGCAAUUCAUGUAAUUGAAAACAUUUCAUACCGUUUUUUGUGUGCUUCCGUUUUCACAAUUUGUUUUUAUUGUUGUUCUUGUUGUUGUUGCUAUCGUUAUUGUUAUAUUUAACAAAAUGUCUGAAUGUAAUUAUUAUUAUUAUUAUUAAGUGUAAUAUAUUGGAUAUUACAUGUAUUUUUUAAAAUAACUAUUUAUUCUAUUCAUUAAAAAUUCAGUAGUUCAUUUAAAAAAACGAUAUUUUUGAUUUAUUUUUUUGUUUUUGUUUUGCACAUUUAAACAAAUGGUUAUGUUCAAUGUACAAUGUAUGUGUUUUUUUUUCAUUCCGUAGGAGUAAUAUAUAUAUAUAUAUCAUUUGAUUUUAAACAAAAAAAAACAGUAUCAUGAAUGAAAGAAUUAAAUAAUUUACAUAAUUUUUAUUUUAUAUUGAAUUAUUAUUAGAAAAAAA